GUCGAGCGUGAGCUACUGGGCCCUAAAAGCCGCAAGCGCGAGGUUGGCAUAUUCAUUGCCGUAGCGGCUGUCACCUGGGGCCUGGGCACGGUCAUUGCAUUCAACUACCAGCGGAUGACAAGUACGCCAGUGACAGCAGCCCUGUUUACAGCCCGGCAUAAUGAAGAGAUCCGUCGUGAGCUGGGGUCGCAGCUGAACUUUAACUCGGCUUUCCCGUGGAUCAGCGGCGAUAUCAGCCAUUUGAAGGGGUUUGUUGAGGUCGAGUUUGAUGUGGUUGGCGACAAGGGGGUUGUUGGACACCUGGUGCUCAAAUCACGGCGGGUUGGCAAACAGAAUGGCGAGUGGGAGACUGUUGAGUUUUAUGUG